GUAAGCAAGAGAAACGGCUAAAUUAGAGUAGAAAUGGAGGUUCUCAUCCCAUUAGUCUAUUUUUUACAAGCAUCUUGCCAUGAUGUCUUAGAAUAGAAUUUAACUCUUGGUAGACAUUCAGAACAGAAAAUGCAAGUUAAAUACAAUGAAUUUUAGAAUCCAAUAUAUAUGAGAUUUUUAACUUUAGGCUCCCAGCAGUCUGCUUGAAGCCCUGGAGCAGCAUCUGGCUUCUUUGGAAGGAAAGAAGACCAAGGAAGUUUCAGCUGCCAGCAGAGCAAGUACUCUCUCCAGUGCCGUUUCCACCCUGGCCAACACAGGAAUGUCCUUCAGUAAAAUGGAUGAAAGAGAGAAACAGCAGGCUCUGGAGGAAGAGCAAGCUAGACUGCAGGCUCUGAAGGAACAGCGAUUGAGAGAGAUUUCUGUGGUUUCCAAUUCUACUUCUACUUCUGCUUCUCCAAGCACUUUAUCAGGAAAGAGUGUGAACACCAAUCCUGCCGUUGACCUCUUUGCAGCCCCCGCCCCAACUACCAAUAGCAUGCCCAACCUUUCUACCGAUCUCUUCGAUCUUCAACCUGCAUUUGUUCCUACGGUACAAAGUACUCCAGCCAUAGCAACGUCAGCAAGCAGUGCCUGGGGAGGACAUUUCUCAUCCACAAAUGGUUGUGUUGGGUCUCCACCCCAUCUGGAUGUCUUUGAUAUGAAACCGGUUGAAGAAGCUGUAAAAAGUACAACUCCUUUUGUGAGCUCCACCUUUGGCUCCAAACAAACAGUGGAACUAUUUAGUGGUUACCCUCUUCAUUCCGCAUCACAGAAAACAACCUCUUCAACUAUUAAUGUGGACUUUGAUGCUGUAUUUGGUGGAAAAUCGACUAUAAAUGAUUUUGGAACUACAGCAGAUGAUGUAUUACAACCAACAGUAGCUGCACAAAAUCAGAGAGGAAAUGUAAUUGGGCAACAAAGUGGGAGGAUUUUGGCCAAUGACCUUGACUCAUCACUUGCUAAUCUAGUAGGAAAUCUUGGAUUUGGAGGGACACCACCCAAAAAGUGAGAACACAUACAUAUUUUAUCUCAAAAUAAUUGCUUAUAUAUUGAUAAACAGUUCUUAAAUUUAAGUUGACAUUUUUAAUCCUGCUUUCCACAAUCUGAUCACUGCAGCAGAAUAAUUA